AGGUGGACUUUUUCCGGAAGCUGGGCUACUCGGCGCGGGAGGUGGAGGGCGUCCUCCAGAAGCACGGCUGGGCCGCCGACACCAACACCGUCCUCGGGGAGCUGGUCCGCCAAGGGGCCCCCGGCCAGAAGGAGAAGGAGGAGGAGGCCCAGGGAGGCCAGGCCAAGGGCCCCGAGGGCCAGCGGAGGAGGAGGAGGAGGAGGAAGGAAGGGGAGAGCCCCCCCGGGAAAGGCCCCCGCCGAAGGCAGCCGAGAGGGAGAAGGAGGCCAGGAGGAGGAGGAGGAGGAGGAGGAAGGCCGGCGGCGGGAGAGGGAAGCCGGCCAGGAGGCCCCGGACCCCGAGGAGCUCCGUCCCGUCGUCAUCGACGGCAGCAACGUGGCCAUGAGCCACGGGGACAAAGAUGUCUUCUCCUGCCGGGGCAUCCUGCUGGCAGUGAACUGGUUCCUUGAUCGAGGACACAUAGACAUCACCGUCUUCGUGCCGUCCUGGAGGAAAGAGCACCCGAGGCCUGAUGUGCCCAUUGCAGACCAGGACAUCCUCUUUGACCUGGAGAGGAGGAAGAUCAUUGUCUUCACGCCUUCCCGGCGGGUCGGCGGCAAACGGGUGGUCUGCUACGAUGACCGCUUCAUUGUCAAACUGGCCUACGAGUCAGACGGCAUCGUGGUUUCCAAUGACACCUACCGGGACCUGCAGACGGAGCGGCCAGAGUGGAAGAAGUUCAUUGAGGAGCGCCUGCUGAUGUAUUCCUUUGUCAAUGACAAGUUCAUGCCUCCUGAUGACCCUCUCGGGCGCCACGGACCCAGCCUGGACAACUUUCUGAGAAAGAAGCCGUUGGCUCCCGAGCACAAGAAGCAACAGUGUCCCUAUGGCAAGAAGUGCACCUACGGCAUCAAGUGCAAGUUCUACCACCCAGAGCGGCUUAAUCAGGUCCAGCGCUCCGUCGCAGAUGAGCUCCGAGCCAACGCCAGGCUCUCUCCCACCCGGAGUGCCCCCAAAGAGGAGAGGAUGAGCCGUCGGCCCCCUCAGGGGGAGUCCCUGGCCCCCGAGGGCAGUGAGAAGCUCCCCUUGCAGAAGACCCUCUUGGCUGAAAAGAGAAGCUCGACUCGUAAAGGCAGGCUUGGAGAUGGCCAGCCCCACCUGCCCAAGGUGGCAGGCAGCGUACAUCCCCUGGGCAGCCCCACUGGCAAGAAGGGCAGCAGCAGCAGUGGCCAGUACCGGCCUCCGGAUUGGUACCAACCACCUCCGGCCUCUCCAUGUAUGGACUCCCUGGCCUGUGUCUCUCAGGACCACCUCGACUCUGGACUUGGCUCCCUAGAGGGCCAGCUCUCCGAAAUGUGGCCAGGAGGCCCUUCAGCACCUCACAGCCACUACUCCCAUCAGGAGCCACCAGCAGUGGGCAGUUACCGGGGCCCAGGGCCCAGCUACCAACACUCCUUCGGCCCCGAAUCUGGCAGCUACCACCCCUACCAGCCCCAGGGCUACCACCGGCCCGUCUCGGCCUCCAGCGCCGGCUUCUUGCCGUACGGUCCAGAGUUGCCCUCAGGCCAGGCUCCUCCACCCCACUCCUUUUCCGGGUACGCCAUACCCGCAGACUCUUCUAUGGCCCCGGUGCGGAAGUACUGGUCAGAGCCAGCCUACCAGCCUGCACCCAGGGCCCACCAAGACCUACUGAGGACUCCACAGGUGGCCUAUGGCGAAAACCCUCCCUCUUGCCCCUGGCCUGCCCCAGACCGCUUUGCUGAGGAGCGAGCAAAGGUCCAUGUCAAGCUCUGUGGGAUCUUCCACCCUCAUCUGGUGGACGCGGUCAUGCGCCGCUUCCCACACCUCCUGGACCCACAGCAGCUGGCGGCCGAAAUCCUCACCUACAAGUCGCAGAACCCCAGAGUGUGAAGUGCAGAGGCUGGGAGCCUUGUGUUCCCCAUGCAAAUGGCCUUCCCAGGGACCCAGGUGGAAACUUGGGGGUUCCAUAGGCGGGUGGCAUUUUUCACAGUGGGCAGGAGCUCGUCUUCUCCUGUUAUGGCGUGGGGGUGGGAGAGGGGGCAGGCUUCUGGGGGCCGAGGAAGGACAAAAAUGUGUCCUGAAAGUGGCCUGGAAACACAUGGGCCCUCAGCCAGAAUCCUGCUACUGGCUCCCUCUUGCAGAAGCAAAACCUCUACGUUCCCUCCAAAGUUGCAGAAGUGGAGUUGUGUCUAUCCACUUCUGCAUGCAGGCGUGUGUUGUGCGCUGCACAUUUUCACACACGCAGAUUUGGUUGUACAUUAGGUUGUGCAACAUCAACCCCAUUUACGGGGGUAGGCCUAUGAGCAUAAAGUCACCUUUGGUCUCCACAACAAGAGCAUCUUGGCCCUUCUUCACAGGCCCCUCUUUCUCUUUGGAUGGGGCCGCAGUGAUCCCAAAGGUUGGGGCUCCCCAACAUCUCUGGGGGCCAGCCCUGGAAAUGAUGUCAGGGAGGAGGGUGGCAAGGUUUUGGCAAAGGCAUCCCCUGCCUGUUCAAAGUGGUCCUUCUUACCAAGGUGGCUUUGGUUCCAGAAGCAGGGUCCUCCCUGCCACUCCUUUGCUGCCCUCCUCUCUUUGCAUGGGGGGGGGGGACAUGAGCUGCUCCCUUGGUAGCCCAACUGUGCCUCUUCAUAGCCUAAUCCACUCCAUGCAAGGCUGUAGGAAGGGGUCUCUCUCUCUCUUUCGAUUUGCAAAGAGAGAGGAAAACUGUAUGUAGUUUGUACUCCUUCUCUUAAAUGGCUCAGUCAUGAUGACUGGUAAGUCCGGCGUUAACGGUUCUAGAGCCUUUCGGUAAUGAAUCUGUAACAAUUGACACUGGUUCCUGCCCUCUUUGUUGUAAUAAUAAGUGCGUGAUUCGCUCGCAGGCCAGGAGCAAUUGAUCCUGUUGAUGCAUAUUGUAUCCUCCUGUAUACGUAUUAUGUAUUCUCUUUUAAGAGGUCCAUCGCGUGGCUGUAAGGCAAAGGUCUCCAGGGGGACAGUGGCAGAGGGAAGGGCCAGGGGUGACCCCAGGGUCUUCCCUCCGCCAUCGUCCGAGGGGACAGAUCCACCACGCUUAGCACCGUGUGCUGCAGAGACCACUCGGACUGGUAAGGAAAAUAUAUAUAACCACGUGUGCCUAGUCAAGAUGAUGCAUCACACAGCUGUGAUGUUUUCAUGUUAGUAAGCAAAAUGCUUCUUAAUGAUAAGUAGUAGUUUAAUCUUAAAUGACUUUUGCACAUUUUGUACCUUCAAGGAGAGAAAGGUUUGUAAAGGAAUGGUAUGUUUUUGACAAGGCGUUCCCUUGGUGGUGCUGGUUUUCCACUAUUCUGCCCUGCUCAGAAUGGCUCUCCUAGAACUGGAAGCUAACUUUGCAAAAAAAGAACAAUUAGCUGGAAUGUUUCACUCCUCGGAAAGUGCUAAAUGCAUGUGCAACAUUAAUAAUUAUCUUUUUUAAAAAUCUCUUUCUAAAGCAGUAACUGGCUAUUUUGCACAAAUAAAAGGCUCUAUUUGCUCAUAUUA